UACUCAAGCUGACACUUUAUUGAGUGGAGAGGAAAAAGGAGGAGCCCUGGUGUCCGUUUAUUCACCCGUCCCACCCUUUGACACUGUCUUAGUUUUUUUCUCUCUUUUGUAGACUGUUUUUUAGUGUUUUAAUUCAAAAUCAUGUAUAGGUAUCUGGGGGAGCUCGUCAGCCGCGCAGCCGCCAGCAGCGCUCUGGCCUCGGGAUGCGUUGAAUCCGCUUUGCCCGCUUCCGCGACUCUCCUGCGCGUCCGCCGUUACAGCGUAGCCGUGGGAGAGAAAGACGAUGACCCUAACUUCUUUAGGAUGGUCGAGGGUUUCUUCGACCGCGGAGCUUCUAUCGUGGAGGACAAACUCGUGCAUGAUCUGAAGACGAGAGAAACGCCCGAGCAGAAGCGGCACCGAGUGCGGGGGAUCCUCAAGAUCAUCAAGCCCUGCAACCACGUCCUGUCCGUGUCUUUCCCCAUCAAGAGAGACAACGGGGAGUGGGAGAUGAUCGAGGGCUACCGAGCUCAACACAGCCAGCACAGGACUCCGUGUAAAGGAGGUAUCCGUUACAGCACAGAGGUGUCAGUGGAUGAGGUGAAAGCCCUUGCCUCACUAAUGACAUACAAAUGUGCUGUUGUAGAUGUGCCUUUUGGAGGAGCUAAAGCGGGGGUGAAAAUUAACCCAAAGAAUUACUCCGACACAGAGCUGGAGAAGAUCACAAGAAGGUUUACUAUUGAGUUGGCUAAAAAGGGCUUCAUUGGGCCUGGCAUUGACGUCCCAGCCCCGGACAUGAGCACAGGAGAAAGGGAAAUGUCCUGGAUUGCUGACACAUAUGCUAACACAAUGGGCCAUCAUGAUAUCAAUGCUCAUGCCUGUGUUACCGGUAAGCCCAUCAGCCAGGGUGGGAUCCAUGGCCGUAUAUCUGCCACUGGCCGUGGUGUCUUCCAUGGCAUUGAAAACUUUGUCAAUGAGGCCGCUUACAUGAGCCAGCUGGACAUGACCCCGGGGUUUGGAGACAAGACAUUUGUCGUUCAGGGUUUUGGUAAUGUGGGCCUGCACUCCAUGCGUUAUCUGCAUCGUAACGGAGCAAAGUGUGUCGGUGUCGGAGAGCUGGAUGGAUGCAUCUGGAACCCUAAAGGCAUUGAUCCCAAAGAGCUGGAAGACUAUAAGCUGGCCAAUGGCACUAUUGUUGGCUUUCCUGAUGCCACCCCCUAUGAAGGCAGCAUCUUGGAAGCUGAGUGUGAUAUCCUGAUCCCUGCUGCAAGUGAAAAACAACUUACAAAGAAAAAUGCCAACAACAUCAAGGCCAAGAUAAUUGCUGAAGGAGCUAACGGUCCCACCACCCCUGAAGCUGACAAGAUAUUCCUAGAGAGGAAUAUCAUGGUGAUCCCUGACAUGUACCUGAAUGCUGGAGGUGUGACGGUCUCCUACUUUGAGUGGCUGAAGAACCUGAACCACGUCAGUUAUGGCAGACUAACCUUCAAAUACGAAAGGGACUCAAACUACCAUCUCCUCAUGUCUGUCCAGGAGAGUCUGGAAAGGAAGUUUGGGAAACAUGGUGGAGCCAUACCUGUUGUUCCCACAGCUGAAUUUCAAGAGAGGGUUGCUGGAGCGUCUGAAAAGGACAUUGUGCAUUCUGGAUUGGCUUACACAAUGGAGCGAUCCGCCAGACAAAUCAUGCGCACAGCCAACAGGUAUAACCUUGGGCUAGACCUGAGGACAGCGGCCUACGUCAACGCCAUCGAGAAAGUCUUCAAAGUGUACCAUGAGGCUGGUCUAACCUUCACAUAGACGGUUGUAUUAUUCGCCUGACUCUAUAUCUGAGUCUGUUAAUCUGCGCAGACAGAUUUUAUACAUUUAAAUAUAUUCCAUAUCAUUUAGACAUCUUUAGAAUCCUCUGGUCUUUAAGUAUAUCAUCCUUUCAGACUUUUUAGAAAAGCUUUAAUGACAAAAUCCCUUUAAUGCACUCUCCUUGUUAACAUUUAGUAAUGUUUUCUUCAUGUCAUGUGUAAUUGAAGUCGCUGCAUAUUGGAAACACAUUAAGCCUUAGAGUCACAGCCGCACACUGUUGUUUCUAAAACCAGUUUCUACAAAUGAUAGAUGGUUACCUUUUUUUUUUUUUUUUUUUUUUACAAAUUUUAACACCGUUCUAGGCGAGUGGGAAAGGGAUGCAGGAUCAAUCUCAGGCUUUUUUAUAUCCGUUAACAAAAUGUUGGUUUUUGCUGCUCCUUGGAACAUUUUCAGUGAUAACC